AUGCUGACCUUCGUGGGGAACGUGGCCUUUAGAAGCACGCUCGCUGAGCCGAACGAGGCAACGUUACUCCGGCCACACCCUCACCGAGGGCCACCUGGAUAUGCAGGUUGCUCGCUUGGCCCUCUGGUGCUUGCGUUGUGGCCGCGGUAUCGUCCUCUACUUGCCAGGCGCACCCGGCGGCCGGCAGAGGGAGCUAAAGUCCUUUUCGUAGGCGGCGUGCCACCCGCGAUGUCGUCGGAAACCAUUCUGCAGCACAUGGAACAGUUUGGGCCUGCGACCGUCGUGAAGCGGUGCAGGGGGUAUUUGUACCUAAAGUUUGCGGAACCUGCGGCUGUGGCUAAAGCGAGAGCUAGCCCAGAACACCUGGUGGAGGGAGCAUCCUUGACCGUCGAGCCUGCCCUGGCCAAGAAGAAGCAGUGGUACUGCCAGACUGACCCAGGGUACCCUGUAAGAGUGCGGAAGCUGGGCACAGGAAUCGUGCAUAUCCAAAAUAUGAUCUCUAUGGCGAUGCAGAGGCAUCUGGCCCGCCGCGUGCUGUCGCUGGGCCGGUCGCCGGCUGGGUUCUACAAGCCAAGCUUUGCAGGUCGGCAUAUGAAGCAUCGUAUGCAUCUUAGCACGUUCUGCCUCGGACAUCACUGGGAUACGCUCUCGCACGAGUACACGAACGUGCGAUCAGAUUCUGACGGUCUGCCGGUGCUUUCCUUGUCGGAAGACCUUCUUGAUCUUGCAUGUGGCAUCCAGCACGACCUGGACCAGAAGUGCAAGAAGCAGAUGUUCCCAAAAAUGCGGCCCGAGGCUUGCAUUGUGAAUCACUAUACAACGGAAGGCUCCCUAGGCCUCCAUCAGGACUUGGAUGAAAGCGAGUCCAGCCUUCACCAGGGCCUUCCCGUCAUUUCGCUCUCUUUGGGCUGCUCUGCGCGGUUUCUGUUUACGAUGAACCCGGAGGAGGAGGAGAUCCGCAGCUGCGUGCUGAAGUCUGGUGACAUCUUCAUCUUCGGAGGUCCGGCACGCCUGCUUCAUCAUGGCAUCCAGAAGGUUUUCCCCAACACCACCCCGAAGAAGCUCCAACGAGACUUGGCGAGCCUAACGGGGCGCCUGAAUCUGACCUUCAGGCAAAUCCGCUAG